CUUGGAGCGAGGCCGUUGACGCCGUGCGGACCAUGCCGCAGGAAUGGACAAAUGUCACUAGUCGUGUAACCAGAAGCACCGAUUGGACGUUUGACAUCGGAUGUACCGGUGCAGGCGCCAUUCAGUCUCCAGAAUACACCGACAUCUACGACGCCGUUCAGAAGUGGUUCUCCGGCUCGAACACCGGGCAGUUCUGCACCAACGGCGAGGAGUACAACGUGCUUUGUAACUCCGCCGACGCCGUUUCGCAGACCGGCUGUGCCUACGUCGGCCAGUACGAUGUCUGGAACGACGGCAUCAUGGACUGCUAUGCUUACGCGCUCCUCGAGAAGGCCGUGAUCAAGACCUGCGCGGAUAGCGGGUACGGCGAUUGUGGCUGUGGUGUUUACUACGACUAUGGGAGCGGCAAGUGUCUCGUAGCGACAUACACCUACCAUACCGGAGGACCGGCUGUUUACAAUUCGGACUACAGUGGCCCAGCUGAAGAGAUCCCGGUGACGAUGGACGUCAUCCAUCGCCGCGACUCAACGGGACCGAGCUAUACAGACAUUGCUGUCUGUGGGCACAACGGUAACGACGACGUGUCGCAGUGGUGCGAGGGUUCGACCACGCACGUCUGCUAGUGGCGUGCAACCGUACAGGGUUUUAGGUGACGACCUUUCAUAUUGAACAACCACGUAGUCAUGGACACCAUGGACUUGCAAGCAGUUUGGGACUUUAGCGACUUGUAACAUCAAAGGAAUGAGUUAUCUUAGUACAACCUGUAACAUCACCAGAAUGAGUUACCUUAAACGCUAUAUAGUACUUAUAUCGUAGUUGUCCAACAGUUUCAGUAUCCCUAAUAACAUGGAUGCGAUUGUGCCAG